GGAAACUCAUCCACGAACAAAGCUCACAUAAUUUUAUUUUGAAUCCAAUUAUACUGGCACUGAACGCUCAAAAUGCAAAAACACCAUAUCCUGAUUGAAGAAGUAGGUCCCCCUCUUCCUCUAUCAUCUCUGCGUCUCCUGAUCCCUCCACUGCGGCUGGUGUCUGCAGCUCUAUGGCAAGUUGUUCAGCAGAGAGACAUCAUGGACUACGGGUUGGUGGAGGAGUUUGUCACCACUGUUUUGGAGAUAGUCCCUGAUAUGAUGAGUUACAGGGAGAGAGUCCAACUCGUCAUGGGGCUGCGAGCACAGCUGGUUCUGGAGUUGUGUCGCUCUGAUCACCUAGCCAACCCUGAGACCAUCCAGCCACACCUGAACAGGAUGAAGACCUGUAUCAUCACUCAUGGGGACAACAAGAUUUCGGAUCCUGAGAUGGAGGCAUCAGAAUUAACUUUCUGGAAGCUGAUUCAAACUCUGCUGGAAGACCCAGUUGAGAAAGAACACUUCUUUCAGAGCGUUUUUCCAGAGGAAUUUGGCCCAAAGUAUGACUCAGCACUGCAGACUCUGGUGUGGGAGUUCCUCUCCAGGCUGGAGAAGCUGCUUCCAACACCAACCCUUCAACAGACUGCAUCAUGGUUCCUACCUGACCCCUCUGUCCUGGAGGAGUGUGUGCAGUGUGUGUCCCACCCUCAGCCUUUGAAGACCCUUCUCCAGCACCACAACAACACAUGUGGACACGUAGACACCAAUGCUCUGUCUUCGGGCGACAAUCAGAUCCUCGCUUCAAUGUCUCUCUCUUCCUUAGUGAUCGCUGAAGCCAUCGCUGACCCAGAGGUCCAAUCAGAACCUGAGCAGAAAUGUAUGAGCCCUGUCUCAUCUGACAGUGAGCCAGAGAUGACCUCUUUGUUGGAACACAUGGAGAGUGAACUGUUGCCUUUGAAUAAAGAGGUGAAGCCUGCUUUUUUGGAGGUAGCGUGUAGACACAAGAAAACAGCGAAAAACAUAAAACACAAAGAGAUGAAAAAUAAUACAUAUUUUGUCCACCUUCAAACUGACAGUGGGCUGAAAAUCCAAGGAAAAGGCCACAGCAGCCAACAGGAAGUGCAGGACAUUUCUAGUUUGUCUACUUCCUGUCGUCUCCGUCAGCCGACAGUGCUGCUGCACAGACUUGACAUUACUGAUAUGCUGUUACCUGUGUCAGACGUCUCUCCACCACUGAAAGUGGGAUCCCAAGGACAGAGAAGAGGACAGGUCAUAUCACAAAAGAGUGAGAGGAAUGUCAAUGAAGAGCCCUCUGAUGGUCAACCUCAGAAUUCUCUGGCCCCUGACCCAUCCCCUACUACAGGGCAGCCUAAAAGAAGCAAGCGUGUCAAAAUAUGCUCCUUGUGUGGAAAGACUUUCAGCGAAGCAAAGGAUUUGACGGCACACAUGAGAUCUCACAACGAGCAGAGCCCUUACAAGUGCACUCAGUGUGGACAAUACUUUGAACACCAUGAGGACUUACUGACACAUCAGCAGAAUGUGUGUGAGGAGGCAGGUCAACCAGAAGAGGACAACAUGUCUACAGCAUCUUUAAAGGAGGAUAACAUGUCUACAACAUCUAUGAAGGAUGAUUGUACAGAGAUAUCCCACCCCCAUGACACUUUACCCCAGAACAAAAGAGGUCCUUAUGUUCAUCACACUCCAAAAGCCUUCCAGCCAUCCAAAGCCAGACAAAUAUGUCAUGUGUGUCACAAGACUCUUUGUAAUGUAUUUAUGCUGAGAAGGCACCUGAAAUCUGUACAUGGUCUGCUCCCCUACCAGUGCUACAACUGUGAGGCAAGUUUUGGGAAUAACCCUGAUUUGAAGAAACACAUAAAAGAGUGCUUGAAGACGAAGAAACGCCACCCUUGCUCUCUGUGCGGUGUGACCUUUGAGCCAAAUGAGUGUCAAGAGGGGAACCAACAGCAGUUCAUAGCUGCAGUAGAAAAUGGUACAGCGAUACCCCAGACCUCCAGUUCCACACCACAGAAUGCAACAGCCUUCAGUGCUCUGCCCGUUCUGAUACAGUCCUCCAGUAAUUACAGAACAUGUCUUCUGUGUAAUGAAACGUUCGAUACUGCAGCGAACUUGAGAAUACACCUAAAAUGUCAACAUGAUGUACAUCCUUACCCAUGCAUCAAAUGUGGGGAAAGUUUCCCAAGCAUAUCAGAUCUGCGGAUACACGAGUGUUCAGGUCAAAACAUUCCAGACUCCAGAAAGUGUCCGGGGUGCAGGAAUAGGACUUCUCAAUCCACACCGCAGCAGUUAAAGACAAGUCAGGAAGUGAACCUUAGAAGACACCAGACAGAGAGGCCACUAGUUGCAGCAGAAAACGAGAUGGAGAUCCCUCAGUCCUACAACACAGAUGUUGACUACUCAAAUGACUCGCUGAAACACCAGCCAAACAAGUGUGAGGAAAUGAACUUUCAGAGAGGACAUCAAGACUGGAGUGAGGAAGUUGAUCCAAACCAGGAUCCAGUGGAGGUUGAUCCAAACCAGGAUCCAGAGGAGGUUGAUCCAGCACACAGCAGUAGUUCUCUGGUUCCAAGGGAAGUUGGGACAGAGAUUCCCCAGAGCCAUACCACAUCACCCCAGAACCCAACAACCUCCAAAGCUCCCCCCACUGGCGUUAUUUUAAAUUCUAGAACAUGUCUGGUGUGCUAUAAGACUUUCUUUAACAGAGCAAGCUUGCUUCAGCAUGUGAGACGUCACUCACAGGGUCAGGGACCGCACACAUGCGCCAUAUGUUCAAGGAGCUUUGGUCGAGCAUUCGAUUUGACAAGACAUCAGGCCAGGAAAACAGGUUGUGGGUCAAUGCACCGUAAUCUCGUCGUACAUGAGAACGCUCCUACAGAAGUUAAACCGGUCUUCUCUUGUCCCCAUUGUCAGGAAUGGUUCACGAGCAAAAAUAAACUGGAAACACACAUGCUAUGUCACACAGGGGAAGGGUUCACGUGUAGGUUUUGCGGCAAGAUGUUUGCUAAACAAUAUAAAUUAUACAUCCAUGUUCGUUCGCAUAUUGACAGACCGCAUCUAUGUGAUGCAUGUGGUAAGGAUUUCAGAACUAAGUAUGCAUUGAAAGUACACACACGUGUACAUACAGGAGAGCGACCAUUCUCUUGCCCAGAUUGUGGAAAAAGAUGUUCUUCGAAGGGUAAUCUGAAAGCCCACCAACAGAGUCAUACAGGAGAACGUCCAUUUGCGUGCCCCCUCUGUAAAGUACGCUGUCGCAUUAAGUCGCAACUAAAAGUACACAUUUUAACUCACACAGGGGAGAGGCCUCAUAAGUGUUUGGCUUGUGGGAAGACUUUUCAACUGAAACUUUUGUUGAGGAAACAUCGGCUAGCUUCAUGUUCUUAGUUGUCUUUUAAACUCCCUUUUGAUAAGUGUUAGAUUUCAUUUGAGAUUCACCACAUUACUGGCUCGUAACUAGGUGUAGGUUCUAAUCAAGACAUCUGCAGGAAGGCCAUUUUAAUCUGUUGCAUUUUUAUUUGUGUACAUCUUAAAAUGUCAAAUAUGAAGGAUUUUGUUUUUCACUACUCAGAAUUGACAAGCACGGCAGCACAUUGUCUAAAAUAAACUGUGCGAUUAUCACCA